GGCCGCCCCCGCCGCCGCCCGCCCCUGAGGGCUCCCGGGCCCGGCCCGGCGCCGCCGCCGCCUCCGCGCGUCCGUCCCCGGCCAUGAGCCGCCCGUAGCGCCCCCAGCCCCCAGCCCCGAGCCCCGGGCCCGAGCCGCUGCCCCCGGCGCCCGCCCGCCGCGGGGUCCCGGAGCCCCGGCCCAGCCGCCGCCGCCGCCGCACAAGAUGUCUUCACGCUCCGCGCUGGCGGCGGGGAACGAGCGGAACGCGGACACGCUGGCGGGGCUGGGGGGCAGCCGCUCGGAGAAGGGCUCGGGCUGGUGCAGCCGCUCGCUGGGCGCCCGCUGCCGCAGCUCCGUCGCCUCGUGCCCCGAGGAGCAGCCCCACGUGGGCAACUACCGGCUGCUGCGCACCAUCGGCAAGGGCAACUUCGCCAAGGUCAAGCUGGCGCGGCACAUCCUCACCGGCCGCGAGGUCGCCAUCAAGAUCAUUGACAAGACCCAGCUGAACCCCACCAGCCUGCAGAAGCUCUUCCGGGAAGUUCGGAUCAUGAAGGGGCUGAACCACCCCAACAUUGUGAAACUCUUUGAGGUGAUUGAGACAGAGAAGACCCUGUACCUGGUGAUGGAGUAUGCCAGCGCUGGUGAAGUGUUCGACUACCUCGUGUCCCACGGGAGGAUGAAGGAGAAGGAGGCCAGGGCCAAGUUCAGACAGAUCGUGUCGGCCGUGCACUACUGCCACCAGAAGAACAUCGUCCACCGUGACCUCAAGGCCGAGAACCUGCUGCUGGACGCCGACGCCAACAUCAAAAUCGCCGACUUUGGCUUCAGCAACGAGUUCACGCUGGGCUCCAAGCUGGACACGUUCUGCGGCUCCCCCCCGUACGCCGCCCCCGAGCUGUUCCAGGGCAAGAAGUACGACGGGCCCGAGGUGGACAUCUGGAGCCUGGGGGUCAUCCUCUACACCCUGGUCAGCGGCUCCCUGCCCUUCGACGGCCACAACCUCAAGGAGCUGAGGGAGAGGGUGCUGAGGGGCAAGUACCGGGUGCCCUUCUACAUGUCCACCGACUGUGAGAACAUCCUGCGCCGCUUCCUGGUGCUGAACCCGGCCAAGCGCUGCACCCUCGAGCAAAUCAUGAAGGACAAGUGGAUCAACAUCGGCUACGAGGGCGACGAGCUGCAGCCCUACAGGGAGCCCGAGGAGGACUUUGGGGACACCAAACGCAUCGAGGUGAUGGUGGGGAUGGGCUACGGCCGAGACGAGAUCAAGGAGUCCCUGAGCAACCAGAAGUACAACGAGGUCACGGCCACCUACCUCCUGCUGGGCAGGAAGAACGAGGCGGAGCCCGGCGAGCCCCGGGCGGGCAGCAGCAGCCUGUCCCUGGCGCGGCUUCGGGCUCCCGGCGACGCUCCCAACGGCACCAAGACGUCGGGUCACGGCAAGAGCCAGCGGGGGGCCGGCUCCCACCAGCGCCAGCGGCGGCACAGCGACUUCUGCGGCCCCGCGCCCGCGGCCGCGCACCCCAAGCGCAGCCCCAGCGGCGCGGCCGACGCGGAGCUCAGGGACGAGAGGGCGGCCGGGCGCAAGGGCAGCUGCAGCGCCGUGGGCGGGGGGCGCGGGGGGCCCCCUCCCUCCAGCCCCAUGGUCAGCAGUGCCGGCAACCCCAACAAAGCCGAGAUCCCCGAGCGGCACAGGGACGGCGGAGCCGGAGCCGCGAACAGCGUCCCCCCGAGCGCUAUGGGGCGCAGGAACACCUACGUGUGCAGCGAGCGCCCGGGCGGUGACCGACACUCGCUGCUGCACAACGGCCAGGACAACAGCUCGGUGCCCGUGCGCGCGCCGCCGCCGUCCCCGUCCAGCCUGAGCGUGGCGGCGCCGGAUCGCUCGCGCCUGGCCCGGGGCAGCACGGCCCGGAGCACGUUCCACGGGGGCCCCGCGCGGGACCGGCGCUCGGGGGGUCCCAACGCGCCCCCCACCGGCCCCGCGCUGCCCCCCGACGCCUCGCCCCAGCCCCACAGCCGGCCCCGCGCCACGGCCACGCUCUUCAGCAAGCUCACGUCCAAGCUGAGCCGCCGGGUCGCAGACGAACCUGAGAGAGUCGGGGGAUCUGCGCUCACAAGUUGCCAUCUACCUUGGGAUCAAAAGGAAGCCGAACCCCGGCUGCUCCGAUGCUCCUGGCAUGUGAAGGUGACGAGCGCCCGGCCGGCCGAGGCGGUGAUGGCGGCUCUGCGCCAGGCCACGCUGUCGGCCGGCUGCCAGGCUCGCCAGCCCCAGCCCUUCCUGCUCUCCUGCACCCACGACCGGGGCCCCAGCCAGCACUUCUGCCGCUUCGAGGCCGAGGUUUGCCGGCUGCAGCGCCUGGGGCUCCACGGGGUGCUGUUCCGGCGCCUGGCCGGCACCGCCGGCGCCUUCCGCGACACCCUGGCGCGUGUGGCCGGGCACAUGCAGCUCUAGGGGCCUGCUGCAGCUGGGACCCCCUGCCCUGAGGGCUGCAGCCCCCUGCCCCGGGCCUGGGGGGGAUGAGGCACCACCCUCCCCCCUACCCCGGGGCUGUGUCGGUGCUGGGAUCCCCCUCCCCAGCCUCUCGCCCAGGACACACCGGAUCCGGCCACCUCGGUCCUGGGAGCUGGGGAGGGGGCCUGUGGUAUGUGGCCCUGGGGGACGCCACACGGCACCCAGGGACCCCCCAAGGCUCCAGGGGGCUCAGGGACCCCUCAGCUUUGGGAGCCCCGUAGCCCCCCGGCACUGUGACCUUGGGGACAACGGUGCCAUGACCUCGGUGACCUUGAGGACAUCAGCUCUGGGUCUUGGGGGGCCUCAUUUGCCCUCCAGCUUUGGGGGAUAACACACAGCACCCAGGGACUUCCCCCAGGCUCACUAACUGCCCCCUCAGCUCUGGGCCCCCCAUAGCCCCCCGGUGCCACAACCUUGGUGACCUUGAGGACAUCAGCUCUGGGCCUUGAGGGGGUCAUUUCAUUACUGGGACCUUGGGGGUCUCUCUGCUCCAAGGUCUGGGGAGGGGUCACUGCUGGGACCUUGAGGGUUCCUCAGCUCCCAGAUUUGGGGCUCUCCAUCACCCCCCCCAGUCCCCCACAUCCACCCUCAGAGCUGUGGCUGCAUCCUGGGGGUCUCCCCGUGUCCCCCAGCCCUGUACAGCCUGUAACUGGCCCUGGGGGUCUGGUGUGUGCGUGUGUGUGUGUCCCCACCCCCUCUGCCCCUUCCCCACACAUUUUUAAGUUAUUCCUGCCCUGGUCUGUACCCCGACCCCCUCCCCACAAUAAACAGAGGAAACCUG